CUCAUUGUGCUCAAUGCUUAUCAACAAAAUAUUCAAAAACUACAUCCUAACCAUCACAACAUUCAACGUCCUUGUUGUAUAUCAUGAACAACAAAACCGUACUCGUUACCGGUGGUGCCGGUUACAUUGGUAGCCACACCGUUCUUCAACUCUUACUCGGUGGUUUCAAGUCCAUCGUCGUUGAUAAUCUUGAUAAUUCCUCAGAAGUUGCCAUUCACAGAGUUAAGGAACUCGCCGGUGAAUUUGGGAAUAACCUCAGCUUUCACAAGGUAGAUCUCCGGGACAGGGCCGCUCUAGAGCAAAUUUUUGGUUCCACAACAUUUGAUGCAGUCAUACAUUUUGCUGGACUGAAAGCAGUAGGUGAAAGUGCGCAGAAACCGUUACUCUACUACAACAACAACUUGAUUGGGACAAUCACUCUAUUGGAAGUCAUGGCUGCUCAUGGAUGCAAGAAGCUUGUGUUCUCAUCUUCGGCCACUGUAUAUGGUUGGCCAAAGGAGGUUCCAUGUACAGAAGAGUUUCCUCUGUCAGCAGCAAACCCAUACGGACGUACCAAGCUUACAAUUGAAGAAAUUUGUCGUGAUGUUCAUCGUGCUGAGCCAGACUGGAAAAUAAUAUUAUCGAGAUAUUUUAACCCAGUGGGUGCACACCCUAGUGGUUAUAUUGGAGAGGAUCCUCGUGGAGUUCCAAACAAUCUCAUGCCAUUCAUUCAGCAAGUAGCGGUUGGCAGACGGCCUGCACUGACAAUUUUUGGAAAUGAUUAUAAUACAGUUGAUGGUACUGGGGUUCGGGAUUUCAUUCAUGUUGUUGAUUUAGCAGAUGGGCACAUUGCUGCAUUGCUUAAACUAGAGGAAGCUGAUAUAGGUUGUGAGGUUUAUAACUUGGGAACAGGAAAGGGAACAUCAGUUUCGGAGAUUGUUAGAGCUUUUGAACAUGCAUCUGGGAAGAAAAUUCCACUUGUGAAGGCUGGUCGUAGACCUGGUGAUGCUGAAAUUGUUUAUGCAUCCACAGAAAAAGCUGAAAGAGAACUUAAGUGGAAGGCAAAAUAUGGAAUAGAUGACAUGUGCCGUGAUCAAUGGAAUUGGGCUAGCAAAAACCCUUACGGCUAUGGACCUCCGGAUUCCACAGAUUAACCUUUGUAGUUACAAAAUAUACCAUAGAAGCUAUUAUCUUGGCUUCUUUUCUGAACUCUUGCCACAACAAUCACCAUAGGUCCUGUGAUGUUAGUUUUCACUAAAGCUAUUUUUCUUUUAGCGAUUUUAAGGUGACAAGUACUUCUACUAUUGUGAUUUCUAGUUACAGUAAAUAAGUAGUGAUUUACAUUUACCAGACUAUAAUUUAUAGGUUAUAUCUAGACUCCAUCUUACAGGUUAUAGUUAUAUAAGGAUAAGGGUUCUUUUGUGUUCGACAUGAACAUGACGGCUUCCUGUUUUGUAAAUCUAAACUACAGAUUUUAUUUGUAUACGAUAUGAUGACUAAAGGUACUCUCACCGCAUUAUGCCAGACUAAACUUUUCAUAUUUAGCACUACCAA